CUCACUACUAUAUCAAAACUCAUUCGAAGGCGGGCGUCGGCCCGGUGCACUUUAUGAAGUUAUUUUAAAUAAUACGGAAUACUUUUGUCAUUUGGUGGCGUAUUUGCAAUCUGGAUAGCCAAAUUAUCGUGUACAUAUAGGAGAGUUGCUACUAUAUCGUGUUUGUAUUUAGUUAUUUUACUUUAAAAACAGGUCACAAUCCGUGAGUAUUUUUCAAAAUGGCGGAUGAUUACGAGCUUUCCGGGAUGAGUGAGGCCGAUAUGAGGUAUUUAGCGGUUGAUAAAAAUGUUGUCAAUGACCCAAUGAUGCAGGCAGAGUGGGCCACGAAGAAGCUGAUCUGGGUGCCACACGAAGUUCAUGGAUUCGUUUCCGCUAGCAUCAAAGGCGAGCAGGGUGAUGAGGUCGAAGUUCAGCUAGAAGAGUCCGGCAAGAGGAUGCGGUUCCACAGAGAUGACUGUCAGAAAAUGAACCCUCCCAAAUUUUCGAAAGUUGAAGACAUGGCAGAUCUGACAUGUUUGAAUGAAGCCUCAGUCCUGUUUAAUCUCAAAGACCGUUACUAUUCUGGCCUCAUUUAUACAUACUCUGGCCUCUUCUGUGUGGUGGUAAAUCCCUACAAGCGUCUGCCCAUCUACACAGAAAAAGUGAUUGAGCUAUAUAAGGGGAAAAAGCGCCAUGAAGUACCCCCACAUGUGUUCGCUAUCACAGACUCUGCCUACAGAAGCAUGCUUCAAGAUAGAGAAGAUCAAUCCAUCCUCUGCACGGGCGAGUCAGGCGCGGGUAAGACGGAAAACACAAAGAAAGUGAUCCAGUAUCUCGCACAUGUUGCAGCUUCAUCAAGGACACAGCGUAGCUCUGUAUCAAACAUCCAUGUACAGGGAAUGGAGGAUGGAGGUCAUAUAAUGCACAGGGACAUUAACCUGGGAGAGCUUGAGAACCAGCUUCUCCAAGCCAACCCGAUCCUCGAAGCCUUUGGUAACGCAAAGACCAUCAAGAAUGACAACUCUUCCAGAUUUGGGAAGUUUAUCCGCAUCAAUUUUGACACAUCUGGUUACAUUUCUGGGGCCAACAUUGAGACAUACCUGUUGGAGAAAUCUCGUGCCAUCCACCAGUCAGACUCUGAAAGGUGUUUCCACGUCUUCUACCAGUUCAUGCAUGGAGCAACACCCCAACAGCGCAAGGAAUUCCUUGUUGAGGAUAUUAACAAUUACCGUUACCUGACCAACGGCCACACGCCAGUGCCGGGGGUGGACGAUGCAGCAGAGUUUCGGCUGACCGUGGAGGCCAUGAACAUCAUGGGGAUUUCACCGGAGGACCAGGCUGCACUUCUCCGCAUCAUCUCUGCCAUAUUGCAGUUAGGCAAUAUGAAGUUCCAACAGGACCGUAAAUCUGACCAGGCUACUCUGCCAGAUAACACAGUUGCCCAGAAGGCGUGUCACCUGUUGGGCCUGCCUGUUACCGCUGUAACCCAGGCUUUCCUCCGCCCCAGGAUUAAGGUGGGGCGGGACUACGUGACCAAAGCUCAAACAAAGGAACAGGUUGAGUUUGCUGUGGAGGCUUUGUCGAAGGCUUCCUAUGAGCGUAUGUUCAAGUGGCUGGUGACGAGGAUCAACAAGUCUCUCGAUAGGACCAAGCGGCAGGGAGCUUCCUUUAUCGGCAUCCUCGACAUUGCCGGAUUUGAAAUCUUCCAGAUGAACUCAUUCGAGCAGCUGUGUAUCAACUACACAAAUGAGAAGCUCCAGCAGCUGUUCAACCACACCAUGUUUAUUCUCGAACAAGAAGAGUACCAGCGUGAAGGAAUUGAGUGGAAGUUCAUCGAUUUUGGUCUUGACCUUCAACCCACCAUUGACCUUCUUGAGAAGCCAAUGGGCAUCAUGGCUCUCCUGGACGAGGAAUGUUGGUUCCCGAAGGCCACCGACAAGACAUUCGUAGACAAGCUGGUUGGACAACAUUCCACACACCCCAAGUUUGAAAAACCAGACUUCAGAGCGGAGGCUGACUUCUCACUUAUUCACUAUGCUGGAAAGGUUGACUACAGUUCAGAGAAGUGGUUGAUGAAGAACAUGGACCCUCUCAACGAGAACGUUGUCUCACUCCUGCAGACCUCUUCGGACGCAUUCGUGGCCGCUAUCUGGAAGGAUGCUGAGAUCGUUGGUAUGGGAGCAGCUACGGGCGGUGACACGAUGUUUGGGUCUCGCACCAGGAAGGGAAUGUUCCGUACCGUGAGCCAGCUUUACAAGGAACAACUGGCUAAGCUCAUGGCCACUCUCAGAAACACAAACCCCAACUUUGUACGCUGUAUCAUUCCAAACCACGAAAAGAAGGCUGGGAAGAUUGACUCUCCGCUGGUCCUAGAACAGCUGAGGUGUAAUGGCGUGUUGGAGGGCAUCCGUAUCUGCAGACAGGGGUUCCCCAACCGUAUCCUGUUCCAGGAGUUCAGACAAAGAUACGAGAUCCUCACACCCAGUGCCAUCCCUCGAGGAUUUAUGGACGGCAAGAAAGCCGUCGAGAAGAUGAUCAAUGCCCUGGAGUUGGACCCUAACCUGUACCGUGUUGGUCAGAGCAAGAUCUUCUUCCGUGCCGGCGUGUUGGCUCAUCUGGAGGAGGAGCGAGACCUGAAACUGACCGAUGUCAUCGUCACCUUCCAGGCACUGUGCAGGGGAAUGCUUGCCAGAAGGGCAUUUUACCGACGUACCCAGCAGCAGAGUGCUAUCCGUGUUAUCCAGAGGAACUGUGCCGCCUACCUGAAACUGCGCAACUGGUCAUGGUGGAGGCUGUUCACUAAGGUGAAGCCGCUGUUACAAGUGACAGGACAGGAGGAAAAGCUGCACACCAUUGAGAGUGAAAUGCAGAAGUACAAGGAUAACCUGGAGCGUCAGAAACAGGAGACUGAGGAGAUGGAGAGGAAAUAUGCCCAGAUCAUUGAGGAGAAGUCCAUCCUCGCCGAGCACCUGCAGGAUGAGACAGAGCGUUGUGCAGAGGCCGAGGAGUCCCGUCAGCGUCUGGUACUGAAGAAGGAAGAGCUGGAAGAUAUUCUACACGAUAUGGAGCUGCGUGCUGAUGAGGAAGAGGAGAAGAUAGGUGCCAUGAUUGAGGAGCGCAAGAAAUACAACCAGACCAUACAGGACCUAGAGGAACAAUUAGAGGAGGAAGAAUCUGCCAGACAGAAACUCCAGCUGGAGAAAGUUUCCGUUGAUGCAAAGAUCAAAAAGUUUGAAGAAGACAUGGCGAUCCAUGAAGACAUGAACCAGAAACUGAACAAGGAGAAGAGAAGCCUGGAGGAGAGACUGUCUGAGGUCAGCUCGUCCCUUGUCGAGGAGGAAGAGAAGGCCAAACAGCUUGGGAAACUGAAGAAUAAGUAUGAAUCCAUCAUUGCUGAGCUUGAAGACAGACUACGCAAGGAACAGCAGGCUCGUCAGGAGUUGGAGAAGAUACGUCGGCGUUUGGAGUCUGAGAUUGCCGAUCUUAAAGAGCAGCUGAAUGAGAAACGGCAACAAGUAGAGGAACUACAGAGCCAGCUGGCCAGGAGAGAAGAGGAGAUCCAGGGAGCUCUACAGAGAGUGGAUGAGGAGGGUGUAGUCAAGUUCACAAUCCAGAAACAGAUGCGGGAGAUGCAGAAUCAAUUACAGGAGCUGAAUGAAGACCUGGACGCGGAGAAGGAUGCAAGGGUGAAAGCUGAAAAACAGAAGAAAGAUCUGAACGAGGAGCUUGAGGCUCUAAAGACCGAACUUGAGGAUUCUCUUGACACGACAGCUGCUGUGCAGGACCUGAGGGUGAAAAGGGAGGACGAACUGAAGGAUUUAAAGGCUACCAUAGAUAGGAACCAGAAGGUUUACGAUACUCAGGUUGCCGAGAUGAGGGGCAAACAUACUCAACAGAUGGAAAAGUUCAAUGAAGAACUGGAAAACGUCAGGAAGACCAGGGCCCAGCUUGAUAAGACAAAAACCACGCUUGAAGCUGAGAACCUAGACCUCUCUAACGACUUGAAACAAGUCCAGAUGGCAAAACAGGAGUCUGAGCGCAAACGAAAACAGGCUGAACAGAGCAUUGCUGAAUUGAACAUCAAACUGGCCGAGAUUGAGCGUGUGAAGAAUGAGGCAGCAGAGAAGGCAGCCAAGGGGGCCUCAGAGACAGAAUCACUUGCCUCUCAACUGGAGGCGGCUGAGACAAAGAACAUCCACCUCUCUCAGAAGUGCUCUUCCCUUGAAGCACAGCUGGCUGAUGCCCAAGAAAUGGUCGAGGAGGAGACGCGUGGCAAACUUGCUGCACAGACCAAGUUCAGGCAGGAGCAGGAUGAGAAAGAGGCCAUGAAAGAGAGACUUGAAGAGGAGGAGGAGAACAGGUCGCACCAUGAGAAACAGUUGCAGGACCUGCAGGCUAAGAUUGUGGAGGUCAAGAAGAAGGCAGAGGAGGAUGCUCGUAACAAUGAGGCCCUUGAGGAGUACAAGAAAAAGAUGUCUCGGGAGAUGGAGACUUACCAGGUACAACUUGAUGAUAGUCGUGCUACCCAGGAGAGGCUGGAGAAAUCUCGCCGUAAGCUCCAGGAGGAGGUUGAUGAUGCCAACAUGGAGCUUGAGAAGCAGCGCGGCAGUGUUAUGGCCAUGGAGAAGAAACACCGCAAGUUUGACCAGCUGCUCAAUGAGGAGAAGAAUGUCUCAGAAAGACUGCGUGAGGAGAAGGAUGCUGCAGAGAAGGAAAGUCGGGAGAAAGAGACCAAGAUCCUGAACCUCCAGCGUGAGCUUGAUGAGAGUCGAGAACGUCUGGAACAGAUAGAGCGACAGAAGCUGUCACAGCAGCGAGAACUCGAAGACCUCUACUCCAGCAAGGAUGACUUCGGCAAGAAUGUUCAUGAGCUUGAGAAGGCAAAGCGUAACAUGAAUGAGCAGGUGGAGGCCCAGCGUGUACAGAUAGAAGAACUGGAGGACGAGCUACAGGCUGCUGAGGAUGCCAAACUGCGCAUGGAGGUCAACAUGCAGGCUCUGAAGGCACAGUUUGAACGUGACAUGGCUGGACGGGAUGAUGCCGUGGAGGAGUCGAAGAAAUCUCUUAUUAGACAGCUGCGUGAAAUGGAGGCAGAACUUGAGGAUGAACGUAAGCAGCGGUCGAUCGCUGUCAACUCGCGUAAGAAGCUUGAGAGCGACAUCAAGGACUACAUGCAGCAAGUGGAGGCGGCUAAUCGCGUGAAGGAAGAUGCCAUUAAACAGUUCAAGAAGAUGCAGGCACAGAUGAAGGAAUUUGCUCGCGAGCUGGAUGAAGCUAGAAUGGCGCGUGAUGAGAUACAGGGCCAGUUUAAGGACACUGAGAAACGUCUGAAGAACCUGGAGACAGAUAACCUAAAGCUUCAGGAGGAUCUGGCGGCUGCAGAAAGGGCACGCAGGAAUGCCGAGGCCGAGAGGGAUGAACUCCAGGACGAAAUCAGCGGCAACACCACUGGCAAAUCUGCCCUGUUGGAUGAAAAACGUAGACUGGAGGCUCGCAUCUCUGCGCUGGAAGACGAACUGGAGGAUGAACAGGGCUCAAACGCCGACCUGCUUGACAAGGCUCGCAAGGCUCAGAUGCAGUUUGAGCAGUGCCAGACAGACCUGCAGUCAGAGCGCUCAGUCACCCAGAAGCUGGAGACCCAUCGCAUGCAGCUGGAGCGUGCCAACAAGGAAAUGAAGGAAAAACUGUCCGAGCUUGAAGGCCAGAUACGCACACGCACAAAGGCAACUAUAGCUGCACUUGAGGGCAAGGUGGCUAACCUGGAGGAGCAGCUAGACCUAGAAACCAAGGAGCGUAACACAAUGCAGCGAGCAAACCGACGCCUGGAAAAGAAACUCAAGGAGCUUCUUCUACAGGCUGAGGAUGAGCGAAGACAUGCUGAUCAGUACAAGGAACAGGUGGACAAGAUGAAUGCACGUGUGAAGGCGCUUAAGCGUCAAGUUGAUGAGGCAGAGGAGGAAGUGACGCGCAUGAAUGCACAGAAACGCAAGAUUCAGCGUGACCUAGAUGACCAGAUGGAGUCUAAUGAGUCUCUCUCCAGGGAAAUAUCACAGAUCAAAAAAUACAGAGUGUCGAGGCUGGAGCCCCAAUCGUCUACUUGAGACCAUCAGCACGUUCCAGUACAACACGGUCGGUCCUUUCCAUGCGGAGCAAUGCAUCAGGCCUUGACGAUGAUGACGAUGACGAUGAAGACGACUCUAACAAAACAAAUGAUACGACCGCCUGAUCGCCAUGACAGAUUUAGUGCUAGGCUCAGUUUCUUUAAUAUGCGAUGAUGAGAAUUUUCGAUAUAUUCCAUUUUGCCGAUGUCUGCCAUAUGUAGGCAGGAUUUAUUGAACUGUAUCAUGUUAACAAUGUUUACUUGCAAUUUGAGAGCAAUAUAUUCACCUUCCUCGUCUUAUGACACCUUCUACUAUGGUCUUAGGGCAGUACAUUUUGUUGAGAAUGUCUUUUGAUUUAUGUUGACAAUAUUUAGUUUUGAUUUAGCUUAACUUACAAUAUGUAAAUAUCAAUAACCACCUUUGUAUGUAGGACCGUUUAUACUUACUCUGUAACCUAACUACUUAUUAUAAAGUAAAGUUUACAGAGUGUAGUACUUUUUAAAAGUGAGGUAUGUAGAAAAAAAGCAAACCAAAAAAUGAAGAAAUUUUACCCUAAUAAUUUACCAAGUAAUAAUGGAUUUUCUUACCGUAUUGCAGUUUUCAUAUGCCAAGGUGCCUGUAAUGUAUGUGAUACAAUCUUCUUUUUUUCUUAAGAGUUGGGAUCAAUUUUUAUGUAAGCAUACUCUGUAUGUUUUAUGUUAGCAAAAAAGUGUUUAUGUUAGUGUGCAUCUGUUAUUGCUGUAUAUUAUAUACCUUAUUACACAAGUGCUAAUAGCUUGAUUUUGUUUCCUGUGCUGUUUACAUUUAUACAUUACAUAUACCGAUACAUUGCAUUAUAGGAUCAAAUUCAAUCAAAUAUAGGAUAAGUUGAACAAUAUAUUGUUUUCUUGUUCGGUUAUACAGAGAUCUAGACUUUUUAGCAUAAGGCAUUCCAUUAUCGUCAUAAAUAACUGUAUAACCCUUGUUCCUGUGGUAUGAACUGUAAUAGAAUUAGAAAUAAUGACAAUAUUUAUGUAUUAUUUAAUGUGGACAACAUAAUGUCAUUUUUAUCGUUGAUUCGCAACACUUUUGAAUAAACUUGAAAUUCUUAACUUGUGUCCUUAUGUUAAAGGUAUGUGUGGAGAUUGAAGCUUGAUUUUGAGUUCUUCCAUUGGCUUACACAUGUGUUGAUUCUGUUAUGGUAUAGACUGCUUCAAGUUGAAGUUCAGAGAAACAGCAUUGUAUGGCCUAUAUGAUGAUCUUGAUGUUGAUGAUUAAAUCGUUGGCGACAAUGGCUGUUGUCUGCUUUGACCACGAGAAGUAUUGUUGAAUGAAUUGAUUGUAGAUAAGCUUUUGCUGUUUUUUUGAUACAUUAUUUUUAUACAAAAUAUUCAUUAUGCUUAUUCUGUGUAUAUACUAUUAUUAUAUAUAUUUUGGCACAAGGCUCUAGCUAUUCUUACUGUUAUAGAGUUAAACAUUAGUUCUAGCUUCUUUCGCUGUUGGUAUAGAGUUUCAGUAACCCGAAAUCUCUUCAUAUUUUGCUUUUUUUCUAACUUUACAGCCUUUUUUUAAUUUUAAAGAAUUUAGUUAUGGCAUGUAUGUGUUCAAACUUAAUUUUUCUGUUUAAAUCAUCUUGUUAGAUUUCAAGAAAAUUUCAUAUCAUAUAAAUAUUUGCGAGUUAAAUUAUAUUAAGCUUUUAGAUUGGGUUUUUUGCACCGCAUUGCUAAAAUAUUUUGCAGAACUUGUCUAUAUAACAUGUCUAGGUUAAUCAAUUAUUGGAAUGAGAUAUUAUCACGCUAUGGGCAUUGAAUCUUGAUGGAUCUACUGGGAAAAGAAACGCGAACAUAAGGAGACCAACAUUUUGGUUAAGUUUUGAAAAUUGUAAAAUUGUUGUUUGGCAAUGGUUCAAAACCAUGCCCGUGAUUUUGAAUUCUACAAUCUAUGCAUGUGUUAUUGAAUGGAUUCAAGUGCUGUUAAGAUGCCUUGAUAAUUCAAAAGUAACUUGAACGUGCUUCAGCAAAAUUUUCCAAUUUACUCAAAACACAUAUCAUUGCAGUAGUCAUGCAUAUAGCUUCAUAGCUUGUAGAAAAAGAAAACUAGGGUUUUCUGUUAAAAAAAUGAACAAAAAUAACACGAUUUCAAACAUGAUAAUUGUUAACCAUUUUGCUGUAGCUAUUAUAUUCAUGUAUGGACAUUGUAAUGGGAACAAAGUAUUUUUAUGACCUAUCAUUAAAAGUUUGAAAGAA